ACCUGAUUUAGUUGAUUGGCGUAAUGUUAAAAAUAAAAAUGUUCGUGAACGAUUAGAAUCUGCGUUCUAUAUCGCAGAACGAGAAUAUGGAGUCACUAGAUUAUUAGAUCCUGAAGAUGUCGACACUCACGAAAUUGAUGAAAAAUCAAUUAUUACUUAUAUUUCGUCAUUACAUGAAGUAUUCCCAGAACCUCCACGCUUACACCCCCUUUAUGAUUCUGAAUCUCAACAACGUUCUGGAGAAUAUCGCGAAAUUGCCUCAUCAUUGAAUCGUUGGAUGCGCGAAAAAUUAUCUUUGAUGUCUGAUCGUAAUUUCCCAUCAACACUUAUUGAAAUGAAAAAAUUAGCUUCCGAUUCUACUAGAUUCCGUAAUGAAGAACUACCACCCCGUCAUCGGGAUAAACAACAUCUUGUACAUUUGUACAAAGAACUUCAGAAAUAUUUUGAUACUGUCGGUGAAAAUGAUAUUGAACCUGAAUUACAAGCAGAUGCUAUUGACCGCACCUGGAAUCGUUUAAUGAUGUCAUACCAAGAUCGAGACUCAGCCAUUCAAGAAGAAAUUAAACGUCUAGAACGUUUACAAAGAUUAGCUGAAAAAGUUCAUCGUGAAACCAAGCGUACUGAUCUUAAAUUGGAUGAGUUGGAAACUAGAAUUGUUGAAGAAGGUCGCCGAGCUGAUAGAUUACAUCCAUUAGAUGCAAAACAUAAUGCAGAUCAGCUGGAGACAGAGCUACGUUUAUCAGAAGAUACUAUUCAGUCAUUGUUUGUUGAUGUUCAAGCACUUAGAGAAGGUCGAUAUGUGCAAGCACCAGAGUUACAAAAAAGGGUGGAAAAACUGCAUCAAAGAUGGGUGAAUUUGCGUUCUUUAUUACAUUCUAAAGUUCUUACUCCUUUGGCUACUCUGUCAUUUCCAAUUGUUGAAGAGCGUACAGUUACCAAACAAACUCGAACUAUUUUGGAAACUCGGCUUGUUGAUACUAACACACAUUUCCGUUCAUUACAAGAAUGUAUUGAUUGGUGUAAUAACAAAUUGAAACAAUUACAAGAAGCUGAAUAUGGUUCAGAUUUGCCUAGUGUCCAAGGGCUUUUGGACAAACAUCAGCGUGAACAUAAAAUAAUUGACCAAUUUCACACUAAAGUUGAACACUGUAUAAACGCUAAGAGUAAUUUCCAUGGGGAUGAAUUAUCUCUCUAUUCACAGCACUUGAAUACAUUGCAGAAGGUUUAUGCUGAAUUAGUUACUUUCUCUAAUAAACGGCUAUCUGAUCUAGAAACAUUGCAAGACUUCUUGCAAUCAGCCACUAAUCAGCUUAUUUGGCUCAAUGAAAAGGAAGAAAUUGAAUUAAAUCGUGAUUGGAGUGAUAAGGAUUUAAAUAUUCCAUCUAUUCGACAAUACUAUGAGUCAUUGAUGUCAGAACUUGAAAAAAGAGAAAUUCAAUUAAGCUCAGUUCAAGAUCGUGGAGAAGCUUUAAUUCUUCAGGGCCAUCUAGCAUCAAAAUGUAUUGAAGCUUAUAUAUCGGCAUUACAAACACAAUGGACCUGGCUACUUCAGUUAACUCUGUGCUUGGAAACUCAUCUGAAGCAUGCCACUUACUACCAUCAAUUCUAUGCUGACAUCAAAGAAGCUGAACAUUGGUUAAAUAAGCGAGAUGAAUUGUUAAAUUCUGUAUACAGUCAAUCAGAAUUUAGCUUAGAUGAUGGAGAACGUUUAUUGAAAGGCAUGCAAGACCUUCGUGAAGAAUUAAAUAAUUUCAGUGAAGUAAUUGGUACACUUGAAGAACGAUCAAGACAAGUAGUUCCACUCAAGCAGCGUAGACUUCCAGUUACAAGACCUAUUCCCGUGAAUGCUAUUUGUAAUUUCAAACAAAAUGGAAUUAAUGUCGAAAAAGGAUCUCAAUGGUUGCUUCAUGACAAUUCUGGGCGAGUUAAAUGGAGAGUUUCCAGAGGAAUGAAUCUGACCGAUGAUUCAAAUGUUCCUGGAGUAGUAUUUUUAAUACCCCCUCCAGAUCAAGAAGCUUUAGAUUCUGUUGAUCGUUUACGUAGAGCAUAUGAUCGCUCAACAGCAUUAUGGCAACGCAAACAGUUGCGUAUGCGUCAAAAUAUGAUAUUUGCUACUAUUAAAGUUGUGAAAGGAUGGGACUUGGCUCAAUUUUUAGCCAUGGGUGCUGAUCAACGUAAUGCUAUUCGUAAGGCAUUGAAUGAAGAUGCUAAUAAGUUGUUACGUGAAGGUGAUCCAGCUGAUCCACAACUUAGAAGACUCAAAAGAGAAAUGGAUGAAGUUAAUCGAUUAUUUGAUGAGUUUGAACGACGAUCAAAAGCUGAAGAAGACAGUAAAAAUUUAACACGAAUGUUUACCGAACAAAUUAAGUCUAUUCAAAUUUCGUUGGAUGAAUAUGAACAUACAUUGAAUACUAGAUUAAGUGCUCCCAUACCAAGAGACAUGGAUUCUCUUGAACAUUUAGUUAUCCAACAUAAAGACUUUGAAACAUCGCUUAAGAAUUUAGGUCCUGAUGUUGAAGCCAUGCAAGCUACAUUUAAAAACAUACCGAAUAAAACACCGGCUUUACAGGCUAAACAUGAUAAGGUUUUGAACCAAUGGAAUCAAUUAUGGAAUUUAUCUCAGUUAUAUGUUGAAAGAUUAAAGUGUGCUGAAAUUACUUUAUCUGGAUUAGAUGAAGCAAACAAUGUAAUAUCAGAUUUUGAAAUAAAAUUGGCAUCUUAUGGUGAAAUGCCAUCAGAAUUACCUGCUUUAAAAUUGGUGCAUCAAGAUCUUAUUGCUUUGCAAAAAAAUGUACUUCUUCAACAGCCAGUUAUUGACCAGUUAGUUGAAGAUAAACAUAACACCAGACGGUUAACAGAAAAAUCAAGACACCACCUACCACGUAGUGCUCAUCAUGAUUUAGAUAGACUUGAUAGUGAUGUAAAUCGUAUUACAAGUAGAUGGAAUAAUGUUUGUAGUCAAUUAGUCGACAGGCUUAAGAGCUGUGAAGCAGCUUAUGAUCUUUUGAAUAAGUACAAAAAUUCGUAUCAGUCUGAAGUUCAAAUCAUUGAUGAAAGUUAUGUUAAAUUGAAUAAUGUAGCACCCCUUAAAAUGCAAGCAAGAGAUCUAACUGAAACUACAAAGGCUUUAUAUAACAAGGUGCAGGAACGUACUAAAGCAAUUGAGAAUGUCAAUGUCGACGGUGGCAGAUUUAUACGAGAAGCUAAGAUAUAUGACCUACGACUUCAACAUUACUGCGCAUGGCUGGUAGAUGAAGUUCAUCCAAGCCUUGAUGCAAGCACUCAUCAUAAAGGUCAAAACAUGGAUCCGAGUGUUGGUGAAUUGGCCGUGUCUCAUGAACUUGAUGUACUCAAUCAUAGAUUUCAAGCACUCCUGAACAUGUUAAUUGAUCAGUUGAAAAAUCUAGCAUCAGUCAACAUUGAUGAUCUUGAAUUACAGGAAUAUGUGAAGACAUUAGAGGCUAGGCCAUUACGUACAUUCAGAACUGAAUUCAAUAUAUAUGAUACAAUUCCUGAAAUUUCUUCUAAUGGUAUAGAUGAAACUAUUACUGUGAAAAAUAUAAGUAAUCAAUCGUCUGCAAUGGGUAGUCAUCAUUCUUCACAGGUUGUUGAUUUUAAUGGUGAUGCAGAUAUUCGUUCACUCCGUCGACGUAUGGAAGAAGCAACUGGAAUGGAUGAUGAUAUUAUUAAUGCUCCAGGAAUUGUGCAUCCUAUGACUGGCAAAAUUUUAACAGUAGGCGAAGCAAUUCGAUUACGUGUAUUAGAUGUACGUACUGGUCGCAUUGCCACUCAGCCAGAUUCUAAGUCUGGUUGGGUAACUAUUGAACAGGCUGUUGAAAAAGGAUUAGUGGACAAAGUUUUAGCUGAUAAACUUUUGGGACCUUGUGUUGUUGGUGAUAAUGGACCAGAAAUUACUUUGCUGGAAGCUAUUCAAAAGGAGCUAUUGGAUGCUGAACGAGGACCAGUGGAAAGGAUAAAGGUAAAAAAUGAGGACCAUAUUGCUGAUUUUAGUGAAACUUUUAAUUCAAGUGAGAUUAGGGGUGAGGUGUUUCAAGUGUUAAACAAAAAAAUCACAUUUAAUGAAAAAGAAAUUACUGUUCUUGAUGUAAUUCAUCAAGGAAACUUAGAUAAAAUAAAUUUGGCUGAAGAUGAAAUACAACUUCUAUCAAAAUUAAAUGGCCUCAAAUCAAAAAAUGUUUUAAAAGCUGUAUUGGUUAAAACAUUAGAUGCUUUAAAUGUUAAAGAAGAUUCUAAAAAUGAUUUACCACCAGAAGGUUGGAGUUUGUCUGAUGCAAUUAAUCAAAAUUUGUUAGAUCCAGUAUCAGGUUUUUCUAUUAUACCAGGUAUUAACAGAUUAGUUUCAUUCAAGGAGUGCAUUAAUAUGGGCAUUAUAAACUCAGAUUCUGCUGUGGUUGUGGAUCCCAAUAAACCAAGGGUAUUAUCAUUGAAACAAGCAUUGAAGAAAAAUAUUUUAGAUGCCACUGGCCAUUAUCAAGGAUGCACAAUGAAAGAAGCUAUAGAAAAAAAUGUUGUAUGUGAUCCAUUGUUGACUGAACGUGAUAUUUCAUCUGUUGACAUUGUUGAAGUUAAAAGUGGCAAGCGUAAAGUUGAAUGGUCUAAUAGUUUACGACCUCAGUUUAUAGUACAGGAAUCUAUAACAGAAGAAGAAUUAGAUGAUGUUACACAACAUGAAAAUAAAAGUGUACCAAAUGUACCUAUUUUGCCUUUAUCUCUACUAGAACCAAGCGCCACUGGAAUGACCUUGCAAGCCAUGGCUGAAAAAUACAAAUUGUGUGAUGACACACUAACAGAAUACUUAAAUUGGAUUGGAGAAAUAGAAGAUAGAAUUGCCAAUCAAGAUAUAGCUCAAGAAGAUUUGGAUCAACUACGUAAUCAAAUAAACAUUUUAAAACUAAUUAAAGAAGAAAUAGAUUCCCAAUUACGUCCUAUUACAACAUGUUUGGAUCAAGUUCGUCAUGUAAUUGCUACAGGUAGUGAAUACUUAUCUAGAGAAGAAAUAAAUAAUGUUGAAAAAAAAGCUAAGUCUUUAAAGUCUCGUUACGAUCAUGCAAAUGAUCGUUCUGACAAAUUGCUACGUCGUUUGACAUCUGCUAAAGAUGAAUUAUCUAAAUUUAAAUCUGAACUUACAACUUUCACUACAUGGAUGGAUAGAGCUCAACGUACUCUCGAUGAAAAAGAACGUGCUUUAGCCAAUAUAAACAGAUUGGCUGAUACUUCAUCUACUGAAUCGACCAGGGAGUUUGUGUCUGAUGUUAUUGCUCAUCAAGCAGACCUCCGUUUUAUUACAAUGGCAGCACAAAAAUUCAUAGAUGAGUCUAAAGAAUAUCUAACUUGCUUGAAUGAUUUUAGAACUGGAUUACCAUCGCGACUUCAUCAUAUUGAACCAGUGUCAUCCCAAGAUAGUGUUAUUAAACAUACAGUUACAAAUGUCACUCAAAAUUAUAAAGAUUUAUUAGCACGAGCUAAUGCUUUGUCUGAUAAAUUAAGUGGCCUUAAUUCUAAACAAAGAGAAUAUAAGGAUGCAUUGAAUGCUGUUAAAGCUUGGCUUAGAGAAGCUGAACCUAGAGCUAUUAAAAUUCUUAAUGAGCCAAUCGGUGCCGAUCCAAAUGCUCUUGAAGAUCAACUCAAUCGGACAAAAACUUUGAAUAAUGAAUUUUUAGGACAAGCAAGACUUAUUGAGAAUGUAAAACAAGCCGCAGAUGCUUUAAUCAGGUCCCUUGAAGGACAAAGUGGCAUGAAAGAAGUAGAAGCCAUACAAGGACCAGUUAAUGAAUUGGAAGAUAAAUAUAGGUCUUUAUGUAAUGGUUUAGCUGACCGACUAUCUCAUUUAGACACAGCAUUAGUUCAAUCACAUGGUGUACAGGAUGCAUUGGAUUCAUUACUACAUUGGCUGAAUGAUGCUGAAGCUACAUUAAAGAAUAUAACCAGACCAGUUAGUUUGCAUACUGAACGUCUAGCAGAACAGAUCCGGGAGUACAGAUUGUUGCAGUCAGAUAUUGAUACACAUAGAGCAAGUGUUGACAGCGUUGCUCAUUCUACACAGGAAUUAAUGAUUAAUUCAAGCAAUCCUAGGCUUGCCAAAAAAAUUGAAGUUAAGUUGAAGGAUGUUAUGACACGGUUUGAGAAGCUUUUGGGUAGAACUGCUAAACGAGGUGAGCUAUUAAAUGAUAUCAACCAAACAUUGUCUUCAUUUAAUAGUCAAGCAGCAAUGCUAGAACAAUGGUUGGUUAACGCAUUGGAAAAUUUCAAUGAUAUGCCAGAAAGCAAAUUGGAUGAUUUAAUUGCUCAAAGAGACUCUCAACGUCAAGCAUUAGACCAAACAAUACGAGAUGGAAAAACUCUAAUUAAUAAUAAAGAUGUAACUGAUACUCCUCCCGUACGUGAUAGAGUUAAAGGAUUGGAAAAUCAAUGGAAAAAUUUGAACCAACUGUUAGAAGAAAAACAAAGAUUAUCCAAAGCUAAAGUGGAACAAUUGCAAGCUUAUGAAAAACUCAGGGAUCAAGUAUUAGUAUGGUUAAAUAAUACUGAGAAACGAGUUAAUCAACUUGAAAGUGUUGCUGUAGAUAUAAAUAUUAUUAAAAAUCAAAUUGACGAGUUGAAGCCAAUCGCUAAAGAUCAUCGUGAUUAUAGUAUUACUAUUGAUAGACUAAACGAUCUUGGAACUUCAUUUUAUGAUUCUAACGUGACAAAUUCCUUAAGGAGACGUAGUUCGGUUUCUCCUACUAAACGCUAUUCAUUGGACUCUUUAAGAAAAACUUCUAGAGAUUCCCCAAGGAGUUCUGUGGUGAGUUUCUCUUAUAACAGGAUUGAAGAUAAUAUGGAUGAUAGCCCUGUACAACAAGAAUUAAAUGAAAUCAACAAUAGAUAUAACUUAUUAGGUGUGAAAAUAUCAGACAGGCAAAAUGAAUUGGACUCUAUAAGAGAUGAUGUUAGAAAAUUGGUGGAAAAUAUGAAAAUAUUAAACCAAUUUUUAGAUAGAACACAAAAAUUGUUACCCAAGGAAAGUAUUCCAUUGACCAAAGAAGAGUCAGAUAAAGCAGCAAAACAAGUUAGGGCUGUUCUUGAAGAAAUGUAUGAAAAACAAUCCUUGUUAGAUAGUACUAAAUCUGGAAUAAAUGAUUUAUUGAAAAAGAAACCUACUUCUCUUGGGGCUGAUAGAUUACACGAUGACAUUCAAAGUGUUACGAGUCGCUGGAAAAACUUAAACGAUACUUGCAAAAAUCGUAUUCAACUUCUCGAGGACUUAAAAGAUUUCCAUGACUCUCAUGACAAUUUAUCUAAUUGGUUAGGUGCCAAAGAACGCAUGUUAAAUGUUUUAGGCCCAAUAUCAUCAGAUUCUAGAAUAGUACAAAGUCAAGUUCAGCAAAUACAAGUAUUAAGAGAAGAGUUUAGAACCCAACAACCACAACUUACUCAUUUAACAUCUGUUGGUGAAAGCAUUUUGAAUCGAAUACCGGAUCCUAAAUCGCCAGAUGCUCAAAGAUUUUCUAAUAAAUUAUCAGCGAUUUUGCAAAAAUGGUCAGAUUUACUUGGUAAAUUAGAAGAUAGAGCAUCCAAUCUGGGUGCAGCAGCAGAUUCUACUAGAGAAUUUGACGCAGGCCUUGCUCGUUUAACAGAAGCUCUACAGAAUAUUUCUGAUCAACUAGAUGAUGUUUCAUAUGAUAAAGAACCUGAAGAGAGACUUAGAAAAAUACAAAACUUGGAACGGCAGUUGGAAGGUCAAAGACCUCUAUUAGCUGAUUUGGAAGAUGCUGGCAAUCAUUUAUGUAAUGUACUAGAUGAUCCAGCUUGUAAAGCCGAUAUUCAAGCAAAAUUAGCUGCUAUUAACCGUCAAUAUAAUAAUUUGCAAAAAAAAUUAGAUAAUAAAAAAGCGGAAAUUGAAGGAUCGCUUAAGGAUGGUAGACAAUUUGAAGCUUCUUGUGCUCUGACUCUUGGUUGGUUGUCUGAUCAAUUGGGCAGUCUUACAGAACGUCUUUUAAUAUCUGCAGAUAAAGAUAUAUUACAACAACAAGUAGCUCAGUAUGAACCUAUAUAUAAAGAAGUAUUACACAAAGAACAUGAAGUUAUUAUGCUUUUGAAUAAAGGUCGUGAUAUGUUAUCUCGAUCUGGACAGCGUAACGAAUCUCGUAACUUACAACGCGAUUUAGAUAAAAUACAACAAAAUUGGGAUAAAUUGCGUAAAGAAGCUGUAGAACGCCAUAACAGACUUCAAACAUGUAUGGAACACUGUAGGAAAUAUUACAGAGCUCAAGAAUCUUUUAUGCCAUGGUUAACACAAGCUGAAAACAAAUUAGAACUUAUUCGACCAAAUAGUUUUAGCAAAAAAGAUGUGGAUAAACAACUAAGAGAAUUAUCAGCUUUUAGAAAUGAAGUGUGGAAACAUUCUGGUGAGUUUGAAAAUGUUAAGACACUUGGGGAAACAUUCCUUUCUUCUUGUGAUGUAGAUAAAGAACUUGUAAAACAAGAAUUGUCUACAAUCAAAACACGCUGGGAUAAAUUGAACAAUGAAUUAAUGGAAAAAACACAAUGGUUAGAAGACAUAUCAAGAAAGUUAGCUGAUUUUUCUGACAGUUUAAGAGAUUCUGAACACGCAUUGCAGCGUUGUGAAGAUAAACUUGCAUCACAUGAUUCAAUUGGUGGUGCUGCUCGAGAUCCAAAACUGUUAGAAAGAAUCAAAACUUUGCGGGAAGAUGCUAGAAAGUUAAGAAAUCCAUUGGUUAGUCUUAGACAAACAGCUGGUGACUUAGCUUCAGAAGCUGUUCAAAUGGGUGUUGGUGACUCAUUAAAAUUACAAGAUGAUGUAGACAAUCUUAUGGAUAGAUUAGAUGAUUUAGAAGGUAAACUGGAUGAUAGAUGUUCACAGUUACUGUCCGCAUCAACUGCAUUGGCACAAUAUGCUGAUAAAGUAAAAGCACUUGGUAAAAACUUGAAUGAUUUGGAAGCUGAAUUUGACUCAUUAAAACCACCUGGUCGAGAUAUUAAAACAGUGACAGGUCAAUUAGACGAAAUAGACAAAUUUGUUAAGAAAAUUGCUAGAGCUGGAGAUAAUGUCACAGAAAUGCUAGAACUUGGUCAGCGUUUGGAAGACUCUACUUCUAUGCGUGAUCAAGCUGAAUCACUAACUCGCCAAUUAAAUAAACUUGAUGAAAAAGCGUCUAAUAGACAAACUGAUCUUGAAAAUAUUUUAGACAGGCUACAAGAUUUUAAGAAUAAACAUGAUAAUGUUAUUCAAGAUAUAGAACAUGCAACGGAUGAAUUUAAGGGUUUGAAACCAAUUGGUUCUGAAGUGGAAGCAAUUAAAUUUCAACAACAGGAGUUCAAUUCUUUCAGAAAGAACACCAUUGACCCACUUAUUAUAUCUGUUGGUGAUGUGAAUGGCUUGGGUCAAAGAUUAAUACAAUCUGCUGCCCGUGGUGUUAACACUGGUAUUUUAGAAAAAGAUUUAGAGAAAAUGAAUGAUAAGUGGAAUGCACUCAAAGAAAAAUUGAAUGAAAGAGAUAGACGUUUGGACUAUGGACUUUUGCAAUCUGGUAAGUUUCAAGAAGCUUUAGAUGGAUUUGCAAAAUGGUUAGCUGAUACAGAAGAAUUAGUAUCUAACCAAAAACCACCUUCUGCUGAUUACAAAGUAGUUAAGGCACAAUUGCAGGAGCAAAAGUUCUUAAAGAAAAUGUUGGCGGAUCGUCAAAAUUCCAUGUCAUCAAUAUUUGAUAUGGGCAAUGAAGUUGCAGCCAAUGCUGAUCCAAGAGAACGUAAGGAGAUCGAAAUUCAAUUGAAAGAGUUAUCUCAACGUUUUGAUAAUCUGGAUCGUGGUGCUACAAAACGCAUGGAUGAUUUACAAAGAGCUAUGGUUGUUGCUAAAGAGUUCUUGGAAAAAAUAACACCUCUUUUAGAGUGGUUGGAUAAAAGUGAGAAAAAAAUUAAAGAUAUGGAACUCAUUCCCACAGACGAAGAAAAAAUACAACAAAGGAUUAAGGAACAUAGCAAAUUGCAUAAUGAAAUCCUAUCAAAAAAUCCUGAGUUUCAUGAUCUUACUGAAGUAGCUAGUACUUUAAUGGCUUUGGUUGGUGAAGAUGAAGCAUCUGGUGUAGCAGAUCGUAUUCAAGAAACAGCUGACCGUUAUGCUGUUCUUGUAAAUACAUCAGAUAAAGUGGGACAAUUAUUACAAGAUUCUCGUGCUGGUCUUAGGCAUCUGGUAUUAACUUAUCAAGAUUUGCAAGCAUGGAUGGAAGGCAUGGAAAAACGCCUAGGAAAAUACAAAAUAUUACCUGUGCAUACUGAUAAACUUGUGGCACAAAUGGAGGAUAUUGCAGAUUUGUGCGAAGAAAUAUCAAAUCAUCAGUCAGAUGUAGAUGGAACUAUAGAUACAGGCAUGGAGCUUAUGAAACAUAUAACCAGUGAUGAAGCCAUACAAUUAAAAGAUAAGUUAGAUGUAUUGCAGAGACGUUACAAUGACUUGGUUACUACUGGUACUGAUUUAUUGAAGAAUGCAGAGAGCAUGUUACCACUUGUUCAACAAUUUCAUAAUGCUCAUAAACGUUUGGGUGAUUGGAUGUUGUCUGCUGAAUCACAAUUACAAACUGCUGAACCAAAAGAAGAAGACAUACACAAUCUAGAACUUGACAUUCAAGAAUUCCGUCCAGUUUUAGAAAACAUUAAUCAAAUAGGACCGCAGUUAUGUCAAAUGUCUCCUGGUGAAGGUGCUUCAACUAUUGAAGGUCUUGUCACAAGAGAUAAUAGAAGAUUUGAUGCCAUUGCUGAACAAAUUCAAAGAAAAGCAGAACGUAUACAUUUGUCCAAACAACGAUCACUUGAAGUCAUUGGUGAUAUGGAUGAUUUGUUGGAUUGGUUCCGUGAGGUAGAAAAUCAACUGAGAGAUGCAGAACCUCCAAGUAGUGAAGUAGAUGUUAUUCGCGUACAACUCAAAGAACACAAGGCACUCAAUGAUGAUAUAUCUAGUCAAAAAGGACGUGGUAGAGAUGUUUUAUCUUUGGCUAAAAAAGUAUUGAGAGAAGUCACACAAAGCAAUGAUACUAGUCUCAUGCGUGAAAAAAUGGAAGACCUUAGAGAAGUUAUGGAACAUGUAUCAUCAUUAAGUGCUGAACGUUUAAGUGUACUUGAACAAGCAUUACCUCUUGCCCAACACUUCCAAGAAUCACACUUUGAUUUAUCGGGUUGGUUAAAUGACAUGGAGAGACAAGUAUCAAUGUUAGCUAUGCCUGCCCUAAGACCAGAACUUAUUGCCCAACAACAAGAUAAAAAUGAAAUGUUUGUACAAUCUAUUGCAGAACAUAAACCUCUAGUUGACAAACUUAAUAAAACUGGUGAGGCAUUAAUUAGAUUAUGUAAUGAAGAAGAGGGAUUGAAAAUCCAAGAUAUAAUGGACAGUGACAAUGCUAGGUAUGCAGCACUAAGAUUAGAACUUCGACAAAGGCAACAAGCUUUAGAAAAAGCAUUACAAGAAACUAGUCAAUUUAGUGAUAAAUUGGAAGGCAUGUUAAGAGCAUUACAGAACACUGCUGAACAAGUAUCUGGUGCUGAACCUAUAUCUGCACAUCCUCCAAAAAUUCGUGAUCAACAAGAUGAAAAUGAUGCUGUUGUUGAAGAUUUGCAUAAGCGUGGUGAUGCAUUCCAAGCUGUUAAAAGAGCAGCAAAUGAUGUCAUUAAUAAAGCUCCUAAUUCAUCUGAUCCAGCUGUUAAAGAUAUCAAACGUAAGUUAGAUCGAUUGAAUAGUCUAUGGAAUGAAGUACAAGAAGCAACCAAUGAUCGUGGUCGCAGUCUUGAAGAAGCUCUCAUACUGGCUGAAAGGUUCUGGGAAGAAUUACAGAAUGUUAUGAAUACACUCAAAAAUUUGCAAGAUUCCUUACAAUCACAAGAUCCUCCAGCCGUAGAACCAGCUGUAUUGAAACAACAAAAAGCUGCAUUAAGAGAAAUCAAAGCAGAAAUUGAUCAAACCAAGCCUGAAGUAGACCAAUGCCGUGCAAGUGGUCAGAAAUUGAUGAAAGUUUGCGGAGAUCCUGAUAAACCAGAAGUUAAGAAAAACAUUGAAGAUUUAGAUAAUGCUUGGGAAACUGUUACCGCAUUAUUUGCAAAACGUGAAGAAAAUUUGAUUCAUGCUAUGGAAAAAGCUAUGGAGUUCCAUGAAACAUUACAAGAUUUGCUUAAAUUUUUGGAUGGAGCAGAACGUCGUUUUGCCAAUCUAGGUCCUUUAGGUACAGACAUAAAGGUUGUUAAAAAUCAGAUUGGUGAACUCAAAAACUUUAAAUCUGAUAUUGAUCCUCAAAUGGUUAAAGUAGAAGCUUUGAACAGAAAAUUAACUAGACAAGCUCAAGAACUUACAGAAAGAACUACAGUUGAACAGGCUGCUGCUCUGAAACAACCAUUAACUGAAGUCAAUCGAAGAUGGGAAAAUCUGCUAAAGGGCAUUGUAGAACGACAACGUCAAUUGGAGAACAGUCUUUUACAAUUAGGUCAAUUCCAUCAUGCAUUAGCUGAACUUCUUGCUUGGAUCGAUGGGACUAAUAAGACCUUAGACAAAGAUUUAAAACCUGUGGCUGGUGAUUCUCAACUGCUAGAAGUAGAACUUGCCAAACUCAAAGUAUUAGUUAACGACAUUCAUGCUCAUCAGUCGAGCGUUGACACUUUAAACGAUGCUGGUAGACAAUUGAUUGAAAAUGGGAAAGGGUCUGCUGAAGCUAACUCUACUCAAGAUAAACUUAAUUUACUCAAUAAGAGUUGGAAGGACUUAUUACAAAAGGCAGCUGAUCGCCAACUGGAGUUGGAAGACGCACUGCAAGAAGCUCAAAGGUUUGCUGUAGAAAUACAAGAUCUAUUGUCAUGGCUUGGUGAAGUUGAUGGUGUAAUAGCAACAUCUAAACCGGUUGGUGGUUUACCUGAGACUGCUAGUGAACAAUUAGAACGGUUUAUGGAAGUUUAUGAUGAAUUAGAAUCUAAUAGACCUAAGGUAGAAACGGUUUUGGCCCAAGGUCAAGAAUAUUUGAAAAAAUCACCUGGCUCAGGAAAUCUUCAACAGAAUUUGAAAACUCUUAAACAGCGUUGGGAUAGUGUGACUGCUAGAGCUAAUGAUAAAAAAAUUAAAUUGGAGAUAGCCUUGAAGGAAGCUACUGAGUUCCAUAAUGCUUUACAGGCGUUUGUUGAUUGGCUAACUGAUGCUGAGAAAACAUUAUCAAACUUGAAACCUGUUUCUCGUAUUCUAACCACUAUUUUAACACAAAUUGAAGAUCAUAAAACAUUUCAAAAAGAUGUAAGCUCCCAUCGAGAAAUUAUGCUUCAUUUGGACAAGAAAGGAACUCAUCUUAAAUACUUCUCACAAAAACAAGAUGUUAUACUUAUUAAAAACUUAUUAAUCAGUGUACAACAUCGUUUUGAACGAGUUGUGUCAAAGAGUGCUGAAAGAACUCGUGCACUUGAUCAUGGUUAUAAAGAAGCUCGUGAGUUCCAUGAAGCAUGGUCAAGCCUUAUGGAAUGGUUGAUUACAGCAGAAAAGAAUUUGGAUGAAUUAACUCAAGAUGCUAGUAUUGGAAAUGAUCCAGAGCGUAUUAAACAACGUUUAGCUAAACACAGAGAUGUACAACGAGCCUUAAGUGGAAAACAAGCUACUUAUGAUUCUACAAUGAGAAUGGGAAAAGGGUUGAAAGAAAAAGCACCCAAGAGUGAUGAACAUCAAUUAAAUAAAAUGAUUAAUGAAUUAAAAGAAAAGUGGAACAUGGUUUGUACUAAAUCUGUGGAUAGACAGAGGAAAUUGGAAGAAGCUUUGUUAUACUGUGGACAAUUUAAAGAUGCUAUGGAAGCUCUUUUGGAUUGGUUACGUAAAACUGAAAAACGACUAACAGAUGAUGGGCCAGUCCAUGGAGAUUUGGAUACAGUAAUGGCUCUAGUUGAACAGCAUAAGGCAUUUGAAGAGACAUUAUCUAAACGUUUUGAACAAAUGAAAACUGUACGACAGACUGGUAAGGAUUUGAUGUCUAAGGCCAAUAAUACUGACCGAGCUGUUAUUCAAAGUCAAUUAGAUGAUUUGGAAGGCUUAUGGAACCGUACUAGCAAUUUGUGUGAAAAACGAACCGAACGACUUGAAGAUGCACUGAAACAAGCUGAACAACUGCAUAAAUCUGUACAUUUGCUGUUGGAGUGGUUAUCUGAUGCAGAAAUGAAAUUAAGAUUCAUUGGGCCAUUACCAGAUAAUGAACAAGAAACCAGAAACCAGUUGAAUGAGCAUAGGAAGUUCAUGGAAGAAAUGUCUGAUAAACUGCAUGAAAAAGAUUUUACAGUUGCACUGGCACAACAAAUUUUAGAAAAGGCUCAUCCAGAUGCUGUUGGAGUAAUCAAACAUUGGAUUACCAUAAUUGAGUCUAGAUGGGAAGAAGUAUGGACAUGGGCGAAACAGCGCGAGCAAAGACUCGUAGAACAUCUACAGUCUCUCCAGGACUUGGAUUCAUUGUUAGAAGAAUUAUUCUCUUGGUUGACUAGACUGGAAAAUCAAUUGUUGGAUCUUGAAUCUGAACCGUUACCUGACAGUAUAGAAGUAGUUGAAAAACUUAUUGAAGAACAUCGUGAAUUCAUGGAAAGCACUGCUAAAAGGCAAACUGAAGUUGAUACUGUUUGCAAAGUUAAACAGCCCACUGCUCCAGUUGGUAGAAAGCCAUCCGCUAAAAAAACUUCUACGAUCAGCCGAGAGGAUUUAGCUGGCAGUUUACAUGAUUUAACCGAGCAACGCAGACAAAGUCGGGGUAGUCCAAUUGUACGAGACAAAUCCAUGGACCAUUUGCCACACAUUGGACCUCGAUUCCCAGCUAAAGGAAGUAAAGUAGAAGAGCCAUUACUACGCAAUUCACGUUGCCGACAACUUUGGGACAAAUGGCAUUCAGUAUGGCUGAUGGCUUGGGAACGUCAACGCCGUCUCCAAGAGCAUCUGAACUACUUAAGAGAAGUCGAGAAAGUCAGAAACUUCUCGUGGGAUAUAUGGAGAAAACGAUUCUUGAAGUUCAUGAAUCAUAAAAAAUCCAGGCUUACAGACUUGUUCAGAAAAAUGGACAAGAAUAACGAUGGACUAAUUCCGAGAGAUGACUUUAUUGACGGAAUUAUGAAAACUAAAUUUGACACCAGUAAAUUGGAAAUGAAUGCUGUGGCUGAUAUGUUCGAUCAUGAUAAACUUGGUUUGAUUGACUGGAAAGAAUUCAUAGCCGCUUUACGACCCGACUGGGAAGAAAAGAAACCCGAUACCGAAGCUGAGAAAAUACAUGACGAAGUUAAGAGGCUAGUAAUGUUGUGUACUUGCCGACAGAAGUUCAGAGUGUUCCAAGUGGGAGAAGGAAAAUACAGGUUUGGUGACAGUCAGAAAUUACGUCUUGUUCGUAUUUUGAGGUCUACUGUUAUGGUACGUGUCGGAGGUGGUUGGGUUGCACUCGACGAAUUUUUAGUUAAAAAUGAUCCAUGCAGAGUUGAAAUGUUGCCGAUGCCUAACCCAUUCGUGCCCGAAGAACACGAACCUUGGUGUCCUUACAGCUUAGUCCAAUUGAACUCCAAAGGACGCACAAACAUCGAACUUCGUGAGCAAUUCAUAUUGGCCGAUGGCGUGUCACAGAGCAUGUCUGCAUUCAAACCGAAACACAACGCGCAACAACAGCGGUCUGUGUCUACGGCCGGACCUAUCACCAAGGUGCGCGAACGAAGUUCCAGGAGUGUACCGAUGGGUAAAAUGGGCGUAAACCGUACGGCUGGUACACCGGAUUCGCUUAGCGACAGCGAGUCAUCACCGUACUCAAGGACACCUGUCCGUAAAGUUUCCACACCCACCGUCCGGAAGUCGAAUGCCGGGCUUACCGGAAGUUUGCCCGCCAGCCGACCGACAAGCAGGCCUCAGAGUCGUCCGGGAAGCAAGCCGCCCAGUCGACACGGGUCCAAUCUAUCCUUGGACAGCACCGACUCGACUACGCCUAGCCGCAUACCGAGACUAACGCCUGGCAAGACGCCUUCGUCAACCACACGUAAGUCUACGCUCAAUGGACAGAGUAGUACGGGUAGAGGAGUUCGCUCUCCGUCCACACUUGGAAACCAAUCAAUGUCAUCGUCCACCAGGUCCCUGUCAAUGCACAGGUCGUCGAGUAUACCUACAUUGUCUAACUCAAGUUCUAGUCGUAACCAGAGCCACCAGGGUUCGAAAAUACCCGUUCUCGCGAGGCCGUGUACCUCUCGGGAAUUGACAACAAUGCCUACGUCAUCGCCCAUGUCGUCGUCACCGUCUUCCGGGUUGCAAUCGCCGUUGGCCACCACGCCUUCGGCUUCCGGUCUGACACGCAGACCAUCGAACGCAUCCGAUACAACGAAGCGCAGAGACUCGAAACCGGAAGCCCGAGAACCGUUCCGACUCUAAAAACCAAUAUCGGCGUCAUCGGAACAAACGAAAUAUACGUAUAAUUGGUGUUAACCCCGUAAUCGAUAUUAUUAUGUUUCCUUUAAUCAAACCAAUGUUGAUUAAUCUCUUAAUUAAUCCUGUCUUGUGUUUUUUU